CUCUCUCUCUCUAUGCUGUAAAAGUGCCACCAGUGGCACCACUCCACCCUGCAGAUUGCCCCUCCCUCACAGUACAGGUGGUUACAUGGUGUUGUAAAAGGCACCCUCCACAGAAGCAUUACUCACACACCUUCCCCCACUUUAUCCCCCUUUUCUCUCCUCCCUCUCUCCUCCCCUUCUCCUGGUGUAUAACAGUCAGCCCAGACAAUUGUGGGUUCAGUCUAGUCAACUAGAGAGAGAGAGAGAGAGAGAAUACAGCACAAGACCUCUGGAGUAUCACUGGCAACGGGACGUUUUUUUCUGGAACAGUUUUCUUUUACAUACAUACACACUCACAUUCACACUUUCUUCCACACACACAGACUCGGAAGCGGCAGCAUGGUGAACAGGGUCUGGCAUGUGGUGUGUGUGCUCUGCUGUGUGUGUGUGUCGGUGUGUGUGAACGCAGAGGAAUAUGAAGUGAACUACGCAGACAACUACGAAAACGAGAUUACACAGGACCAACAGGACGGGGACUCCCCUGUGACUACCUGCCAGGCUACAGACCUCUCUCGCUGGAACAAACUCUUCGUGGCUCUGGAGGACUCCCACCAGAGGGAUAUGAUGCUGAUGGAAGCCCUGGAGCAACGCUGUGGAGCCCCGGGAGUCUGCCAGCAGUGCCUGCCCGCCAUCGAGGCAGUUUGCCGGGGGCAGACAGAGCAGGCGAGCCCCAGGCUCCAUCAAGGCCUAGUGGAGCUGAAGGAGGAGGCAACAGAGCGAGAGGGGAGGAUGAAUUCUUCAAUACAGCAGAUCAGGCAGGAGGGAGCAGAAAGUUAUGGGAGGAUGAUGGCUGUGUUACAUCAUCUCCUUCAGAACAGCAAAGAGCAGAACCAUAGACUACAUCGAUUGGAGGAGUGUAAGCUGACAGGGGAGGUGACAGAAGGGGCUGGAUCUAUAGGAGCCAGGCAUAGAGAAGCAGAGCCAAUCAGGACAGGGCAUAAAGAGAAUGGGUUGGGUUUGGGGGAGGGGCUUAGUGGGAGAGGUGGACCAAUAGGUACAAAGCCUGGCAGUAUAGGGGCGGGUCUCGGACUGGGUUUGGGCAUGAAGCUGUUCUCGUCAAGCACAAAGAAACAGUUAGUGACAUCAUCACCAUCAUCGGACCCGGGAAAGAUUGAGCGGCCUCUGGUUGCUAUAGCGAUGGAAAUGCAGAAGGUGCAGACCCAGCUGGGCCUAAUAUCCUCUGUAGGGAACUAAGGAUGAAAAAAUACACGGAGAAAUUAAAGGAAGGAUAUCUGAUGGAUAUUGUCCUCUAUCAGGGACUGAAUUAAAACUAAAAUAUAAACUUAUUGAAAUGUUGCACACUAACAUAUCACCUCUUUAUACAUUAGUAAAGCAAAACAAUCGCCUUGAAAUAUGUUUAGUAUUAUUUUUUAAUUCUGUAUAAUUAAAGGAAAUGCUCUGUGACUCUAAUUGUCUAAGUGAUGAAUAAAGAUUUGUUAAACUUUUUAA